AUGAAAUAAGAUGAUUAACAAACACCCAGUCUUUGUGGGUACUUAAACUUCUUUCAAGUGUUAAGUUAGAUGGAAUCUGAAUGUUUAAUCUCACAAUAUGAGAAAAGGCUAAUAAAAUAGAAAUUAACAAUAAAAGAACCCACUCUAAUGUUAAUAUUGUCAAAAUAAUAAGAAAAUGAUGAAAUAAAAUCAGAAUUACUUACAUAUGCAUCUUCACUUUAAAUGACUCGUUCAAAAUCUCAUACCCAAGAGUUUAGUCCAUCUAAAAAGCAAGGAUAACAAUUCUAAGUAUUUAGAUAUUUAAAAUAGUCUCAAACAUCUUAACUAAUGGAUCAACUCAUUCUUCAAUUAAAAUGUAUGUAGCAAUAUGGCAAUCGUCAUGUAAUUUGUUUAUGAUUAGUUUAGAUUACCUAAGAGUUUAAAUAAAAAAUUGAACUAUUAAAAAAUGUUCUACAUUCAUUAGAUUAAGAUGAUGAUGUUGAUUAAUCCUAUAUUGAAUUACUACAAUAGAGCUAUUCUUAAUUAAAAGUAAUAUUGUCGUUACACUUAGCAAAGGUAUUCUCGUUAUAUGAAUUCACUUCUUGAAUUAAUGGAUGAGAAGGUUGAACCUAAAGACAUCUAGGCAUUUCUAAAUACCUUCUUAAAUUAAUUGAUUGGAUGUGAAUCAUACAGUUUCAUUAUUCUGAAAGAUCAAAAAGUUGAAAUACAUCAAGAGGACAAAUUUGAACAAUUUCACAUGGAUAAAGAAGUUCUUGAUGAAUUGGUUAAUUUAUAACAAAUAACAGAUGUUCAUACUUUGCAUACUCUUAAAUAAUAUUAUCAAACUCCAAAUCAUUAUAUAAUCAAACUUACAGAUUUUUAAUAUUUUGUUAUGAAAUUGGAUUCAAAUUUUAAGUCAGUUGUUAUGUUAGCUUCAAAAUAUAAUUAUAUGGAUUCCUUAAUUGAUUUAGCUCAAUUUGUUAUUUACACUUCAUAACAAAUCAAAGUCUAAUAUUUUAGUAUUUUAUCUAUUGGAGAUACUGUAUUGGAAUUUGGUUUAGAAAUUGUUAGAUGUUCCAAAUAUUUAUUUAUUGAGAAUAUACUAUAAAUUAUCAAUAAACAAUAUCAGAUUCAUGAAACCCUUGAAUCUUAACCUAAUGUGGUUACUCUCAAAUUCAAGGAUUCUUCCACUUAAUUUCUAUUUGCUACUAAUUUAGAUCUCAAAAAAUCCCAAGAUUUAUUGAUUUACAAUACUGUCAAUUAAAUUUAUCAACGCUAUUAAUAGUUUAUACAAUAGUGUUAUGAGAGAAUGCAAUUUUAUAAAUAUUUUUUAAGAACCAAAAAUUUAUUUAUGAUUGAUUUUGAUAAAAGAGGUCGUUUACGUUUUUUAAGCAGAGCUUUAUCUCAAAAGAUUAAAAUGUAAUUUCAUAUAGAGAAAAUACAAAUUGACGCAACUUAUAAAUAGAUUUUUGUAUCUAAUCAAUAAAUGCUUUAAAAUAUUGAAAAUUAUAUAAGUAAUUCAAAAUGGAAAUUAAAUCAAUAGGAAGAGGAUCAAAAUAAAUAAUAUGAAAUAUUCAUUAGAAAAGAAGAGAGAUAAUUUAAGGGAUUUACUUUGAUUCUUUCAGAAAAUGAAUGGGUUCGUAAAAAGACUCAGCCUCCUACUAAUGGGAAAACAAUUAGAAAAUAAUUAUUAUAAACAGAAACUAUGGAUUAUAUAAAGAAACUAGAAGAAUUUAAUCCUGACAUUAGAAAUUCAGUAGUUGCAAUGUACAUGCCAUAAACAUAAGAAUUCAAUCCAAUAGCUUAAUAGACAUAGAAAACUCCAACUCUAGUUUUUAGAAAAAUAGAUAAGGAAUAGGUUGUUGGGAAAAAUAGUUUCUUUUUUAAGCAAAGAGAGGAGGAGAGAAGGUUUAUGAAGACUAAUCCAAAUAAAUUGAAUGAUUCUCAUUUAAUAUUAAAGGAGGAUGACAUUUAAUUAGAUUCUUUAGAUUUUAAUAUAAAUUAAGUAUAUAUUAAUUAAUAAUUAAAAUUAGAUAAAAUCAACAAUUGAAAAAUAAAGGAUAGUUUGGUCAAUAUUGGAAAGAAAUAAUUUUAAUUAAAUGUUUGCAUUACCGUAAGAUAAAUUGAUAAAUUUUGUAAUUGAAAUGGAGAAUCAAUACAAUAUGAACAAUAAUCCUUAUCAUAAUUUUGAUCAUGGGGUGGCUGUAAUGUAAGCAGUUAAUUACUUUAUCAAAUCAUUGACAAAACAUUUAGACUAAUAAAUUUUUAAUAAUAUUACAAAGUUUUGUUUAUUGUUGUCAGCCUUAUGUCAUGAUGUUGCUCAUACAGGUAAGACUAAUACAUAUGAAGCAAAUUCGUUAAGUUUAUUGGCAAUUCGGUAUCAUGAUAAAGUGGUAUUAAUUAUUAUUUAAUUUUAUAAAUUAGAUAUUAGAACAGCAUCAUGCAGCAACUACAAUAAAAAUAUUGAGAGAUAAUUAAACAAAUAUUUUAUGCAAUUUUUCUGAUUAAGAUUUUAGAACAUUUAGAAAAUAAUUGAUUUCAAAUAUUUUGGCAACAGACAUGUAGGAACAUUUUAAAAUGCUAAAAGAAUUUGAAUCUAGGAUUGAAUAAUAUGGUAAUGAUCCUGAAGAUUUAUCUUUGUUAUGUGGAAUGAUAACUCAUACAGCUGAUUUUAAUGGAACAGCAAGAAAAUGGCCAUAAAGUAGAUUAUGGAGUGAAAAGAUUAAUUAGGAAUAUCGAGCUUAAUAUGAAGAGGAAGGAAAAAAAGGAUAUCCUUAAUAACCAUUUAUGAAAGAUUUAGAUAAAGUAAGAUUAGUAUUUAAUAUUAUUAUAGUUACAUGUAAUGUCUAAAAAUGAAAUGGGGUUUAUAAAAGUCAUCGUAAGACCAUUGUACUAUUAAAUGAACUUAUUUGGUAAAGGAGCAUUUUAAGUUUGUGUUGAUAAUUUAGAUGAAACCAUUUUUGAAUGGGAGAAAGUGUAUUAGUAAGAGUUAAAAGCAAUAUAAUAAUAAGGUAGUUAAUGA